ACAGGCACAACUGACAGUGGCAGAGGCUCGGCUGAUAAGGACGAGGGACGGCGGUGUCCUUGUCUUGCCUUUGUCGCUCCCGCCCCUCUCUUCCCUGGCUGGGCUGGCGGAGUCUGCGCCGAAGAACCUAAGGGCCCCCUGGCGAUGGCAGAAAUGAACCCAGCACAGGGCCGUGUGGUCUUUGAGGACGUGGCCAUAUAUUUCUCCCAGGAGGAGUGGGGGCACCUUGAUGAGGCUCAGAGGUUGCUGUACCGCGAUGUGAUGCUGGAGAAUUUGGCCCUUUUGUCCUCGUUAGGUUGUUGCCAUGGAGCUGAGGAUGAGGAGGCACCUUUAGAGCCAGGUGUUUCCGUAGGAGUGUCACAGGUCAUGGCUCCAGAGCCCUGUCUAUCUACCCAGAAGACCCAGCCCUGUGAGACAUGUAGCUCACUUCUGAAGGACAUUCUGCGUCUGGCUGAGCAUGACGGAACACACCCCAAGCAGGGACUGUACACGUGUCCAGCACAUCUUCACCAGCACCGAAAGGAGCAGAUUAGAGAGAGACUUUCCAGAGGGGAUGGAGGAAGACCAACAUUUGUGAAGAACCACAGCGUUCACAUGGGUCCCCUAGUGAUGGCAGGACCGGACCCUACACAGGGCCGUGUGGUCUUUGAGGACGUGGCCAUAUAUUUCUCCCAGGAGGAGUGGGGGCACCUUGAUGAGGCUCAGAGGUUGCUGUACCGCGAUGUGAUGCUGGAGAAUUUGGCCCUGUUGGCCUCACUAGGUUGUUGGUAUGGAGCUGAGGAUGAGGAGGCACCUUCACAGCAAGGUUUUUCUGUAGGAGUGCCGGAGGUUACAACUUCAAAGUCCUGUCUGUCCACCCAGAAGGUCCACCCUAGUGAGACAUGUGGCCCACCCUUGAAAGACAUUCUGUGCCUGGUUGAGCACAGUGGAAUUCAUCCUGAACAAGACAUACAUAUUUGUGAGGCAGAGCUUUUUCAGCACCCAAAGCAGCAAAUUGGAGAGAAUCUUUCCAGAGGGGAGGACUGGGUACCUUCAUUUGGGAAGAACCACAGAGUUCACAUGGCAGAAGAGGUCUUCACAUGCAUGGAGGGCUGGAAGGACUUACCAGCCACCUCAUGCCUCCUCCAGCACCAGGGCCCUCAAAGUGAGUGGAAGCCAUACAGGGGCACAGAGGACAGAGAAGCCUUUCAUUCUGGACAAAAUGGUUACAAAUGUAGUGAUUGCGGAAAAACCUUCACCUGCAGCUAUUCCCUUGUUGAGCACCGGAAAAUCCACACAGGAGAAAGGUCUUAUGAAUGUACCAAAUGUGGGAAAUUCUUUAAGUACAGUGCCAAUUUCAUGAAACAUCAGACAGUUCACACUAGCGAAAGGACCUAUGAGUGCAGAGAAUGUGGAAAAUCCUUUAUGUACAACUACCGACUCAUGAGACAUAAGCGAGUUCACACUGGAGAAAGGCCUUAUGAGUGCAGCACAUGCGGGAAAUUCUUUCGGUACAGCUCCACAUUUGUUAGACAUCAGAGAGUUCACACUGGAGAAAGGCCGUAUGAGUGCAGGGAAUGUGGGAAAUUCUUUAUGGACAGCUCCACACUCAUUAAACAUCAGAGAGUUCACACCGGAGAAAGACCUUAUAAGUGCAAUGACUGUGGGAAGUUUUUUAGGUAUAUCUCUACACUCAUUAGACAUCAGAGAAUUCACACUGGAGAAAGGCCUUAUGAGUGCAGUGUAUGUGGGGAAUUGUUUAGGUACAACUCCAGCCUCGUUAAACAUUGGAGAAAUCACACUGGAGAAAGGCCUUACAAAUGCAGUGAAUGUGGGAAAUCAUUUAGGUACCACUGCAGACUCAUUAGACACCAAAGAGUCCACACGGGAGAAAGGCCUUAUGAGUGCAGCGAAUGCGGGAAAUUCUUUCGUUACAACUCCAACCUCAUUAAACAUUGGAGAAAUCACACUGGAGAAAGGCCUUAUGAGUGCAGAGAGUGUGGGAAAGCCUUUAGCCACAAGCAUAUCCUUGUUGAGCACCAGAAAAUCCACAGUGGAGAAAGACCUUAUGAGUGCAGCGAAUGCCAGAAGGCCUUUAUUAGAAAGUCUCACCUGGUUCAUCACCAGAAAAUCCACAGCGAAGAGAGGCUUGUGUGCUCCAUGAAUGUGGGGAAUUCUUUAGCUAAAACUCCAACCUCAUUAAACAUCAGAGAUUUCACAAUGGAGAAAGUUUACCAUUGACUAUUGUAAUUGGGUAUUAAUGUGAUAUAAAAUCCACAUUUUUAUGCAACUAAUCUCCAGAACAUUUUUCCUCUUGCAAAAAAAAUAAAAUGCUGGACCCAUUAACAACAACUCAUUCCCCUUCCCUACUUCCCCAGGAAUUCUCAACUAUAUUUCUAUGUCUAUGAAUUUGGUAUCUAUUGGUACCUCAUAUAAGUGGAUUCAUACAGUAUUUAUCUUUUGAGACUGGCUUAUUUCACUUAGGAUAAGGUCCUCACGGUUCACCCACGUUGUAUAAUGUGUCAGAAUAUCCUUCCUUUUUUAGGUGAAAAAAUAUUCUGUGCUAUUUAUAUACUACAUUUAUUUAUCCAGUCAUCUGUUAAUGGAUGCUUGGGUUACUUCCACCUUUUGCCUAUUGAAAUAAUGCUGCUAUGAAGAUGAGUAUACAAUUGUCUAUUCAAGAUUCUACUUUCAAUUCUUGUUGAGUAUAUACUCAGAAAUGGUAGUGCUGGAUCAUAUAGGAUUUCUAUUUUUUUAUUUUUUAUUUUUUUUUUAGACGGAGUCUUGCUCUGUCACCCAGGCUGGAGUGCAG